AUGUCGUUCGACGAAAGUAAGACGCAAACGAGCGCAGACGUGACUAACCCUGAAUCAUCGCCUGUCGUUCCAUCAGCAUCCUCUUCGCUCAAGGAAAAGGACAAAUCUAAAACAUCGAAGACGGAGUAUCCUCAGGGAUGGAAGCUGUGGCUCGUUUACAUCGCGACACUUUUGACCAUGUUUCUUGUACCGCUAGAUAUGACCAUCAUAGCAACUGCCAUUCCAAAAAUCACGCAAGAAUUCAAGAGUCUCGAUGAAGCCGGCUGGUACGGUUCGGCUUUCUUCCUCACGUUGGCGGUCCUCCAGUCGCCUUGGGGGAAAAUCUACAAGUACUAUCCGACUAUGAUUGCAUAUUUGGCGUCGGUAUUCGUAUUUGAACUUGGCAGUCUUAUUUGUGGUGUCGCGCAGAAUAGCCAGAUGCUCAUCGCAGGUCGUGUUAUCACGGGCACUGGAGGCGCAGGAAUAACGAUCGGCACCUAUGUUAUCAUUUCCCAUCUCGUACCGCCCUCCAAAGCACCUGCUUUCAUUGGCGGUAUAGGCGCUGCGUUCAGCAUUGCGAGCGUUGCCGGACCUCUCAUUGGAGGAGCAUUCACUGGACAAGUCUCAUGGCGGUGGUGUUUCUAUAUCAAUCUUCCCAUCGGCGGGGCGGCGACCCUUAUUUUCUUCGCUCUUUUCCCAAAACCUACGACGCCCCUCCCGCAAGCAACAUUGAAAGAAAAGCUACUUCAGCUAGAUUUGCCCGGAAUGACUUUGGCAGUCGCAUCCGUCAUCUGUUACUUCCUUGCCCUAGAGUGGGGCGGCAUAUCAAAAGCUUGGGGUGAUGCAGAUGUGGUCGGUACACUUGUCGGCAGUGUCCUACUCAUGACCGCCUUUGGCGUCGUGCAGGGGGUCUCUGAUCAGCGAGCAUCCAUCAUUCCACGAAUUCUUGCACAGCGCCAUGUCGCUGGCGGUUCGGCCUUCAUGUUCUUGCUGAGCUGCGCCAACUUUUUAAUGAUCUAUAACCUGCCCUUGUAUUUUCAAUCUGUGAAGGGCUCUAGCCCAACACGUAGUGGCAUCCAGGUACUUCCACUCAUUGUCUCGGCAUCUGUCUUCGUCGUACUCAGCGGAAUUCUCUUCACCAAGUUUCGAUUUUACCAAGUUUACCUUCUCAUCGGGGCAAGCUUCACCGCCAUUGGCGCUGGUUUGCUCUAUACUCUCAAGACAGACUCUUACGCUAGAGAGUACAUCGGCUUCCAGUUUGUAGUUGGAUUCGGCAAUGGUGUUUGCCAGCAGAUUCCUCUCACAGUCGUGCAGGCAUUCUCUAAGCCAGAAGACUUGGCUCUAUCGAUGUCAACUGUUCUUUUCUUCCAGCUGCUUUCGGGAGCAUUAGCCGUAGCUGCAGCCCAGUCCGUCUUCAUCAAUCGCCUACUGGCCACUGCUUCCGAUCGACUUCCCGCUGUCAGUCGCAUGACUAUUAUCUCGACCGGCGCCACUGACCUCGGGCGCGUGUUUACUGAUGACCAAAUGCCGGCUAUACGCGAGAGCUAUCUAGAUGGGCUACGAGCCGCUUGGGCAAUGGCCAUUGCAUUUGCCGGCGUCGCACUCUUGACUGGACUGACGCUAGGAUUCAAAAGGAUUGAUAAGUCUCCGCAGGGCGCACAGGGCGGAGAUAAGGAAACAGACGUGGAGAAGGUGGAGGAAGGUAAAACAGGCGAGAUCAAGAAUGAAGAGAAAGACAUUCCUGCGGCCUAGUCUAUGAAGGGUCGUUACCAUGUCAAGAAAAUGCGCUUGCAAUUAGCGCCGAGUACAUAGUCAGAGUAAUAUCUACAUAAUACCAGCAAUCAUACUUUGAGUACCAGUUCAGUAACG